CAUCAGCGCCUUUCAGUAUCGCCAGUACACGUCCUCCGCCUUAGUUCCUCCUCUCGUCAAGUGCUCACCCCGAUGGCUUCCAGCGAUGACGUGGGACUUUCCCGGUCCUCUAUCAAGUGCAGGAGAUGCGCAGGAUCGCCUCUGAGCUCGUGGGACCUGUUCCUACCCAUCACCCGAAGAGGAAGCUUCUUUCAAGACUCGUUCUUUUCGAAUAUACACCACGACUUCGAUGCUGCCAUCAGGGAGGUGCUCGGCAGGUGGAAUGAACCAGAUCUCAAGGUGACAGAUAGCAGGGAUGACGUCAGCCGCCGUUAUAGACGACUUCGAUCUCAGAACAUGAACGAGGAGAGCCAGGCGGUCACCGUCACGUCAGACAACACAGGACACAAAAUUGUGCUGGACGUCCACGAAUUCAUAGAGGGAGACGUGAAAGUGAACCUGAUAGACGAGCAGCAGCUGGUGGUGGAGGGUCGUGUGCAGAAGAAGGAGGGAAACUCCUCCUCCUCGAACACCUUCAGACGCAUCUUCGCCCUUCCGGGAGACACUGACAUGACGGCCAUCAUGCCCGUCAUAUCAGCUGAUGGAAUCCUCACGAUCACGGCGCCCAAAAUGGAGCAGAAAUCUACCAGCAUUCCCGUCAACGUGGAGGAGACUCAGACCGUUUCGUCCUCCGCCAGCGGGGAAGCGACCCUCCGAGGAUCAGAGACGUCGGAGAAGGAGUGCCAGUGCUUGAGAUGCUCUCUGAAAAACAUCUACGACAAAAGAACUUCACAAACCGCGGAUAAUGCGUUGAGUUCGGCAAGAUCCCAGUCUAUAGAUGCUCAAGUCAUCCAGGAUUCCUCAGCCUCCAGCGGCGCCCAGGAACAGAUGCAGUCGAAACAGGAAUUUGGAGUCACGGCGCCGAGGACCACGGAGGCCGUCGGUUCUGAAUCUUCAUCGACGGUGCGCAAGGAGAACCGAGCGGAUGCCGACUCGCGCAGGAUCCGUCGGGAUUCUUGGGACGUUUUCUUCCCCAUCACGCAGAGGGGGAGCUUCUUCCAGGACUCUUUCUUCUCCGACAUUCACGACGACUUCGACAUGGCUGUUCGCAAGGCCUUGAGCAGAUGGAAUAACACAGAUCGCCGCGUCGAGAAGGACCUCCGCCAGAGUGACGUCCUGGACCGCUACAGAGAGCUCAGACCUCGCGACCUGAAGGAAGAAAACCUAGCCAUCACCGUCACCUCAGACAGCACCAGCCACAAGAUCGCGCUGGACGUGCAUGACUUCGUGGUCGGGGAGAUGAAGGUCAAGGCGGAGGGAGAUUACGAGCUGGUGGUGGAGGGGCGGCUGGAGAAGGGCGAAGAGGGAGCUUCGGGCACCUUCAAGCAGCACUUCACGCUGCCCGAAACGGCGGACAUGUCAGCCGUCAGCGCCGUCAUGUCCUCCGAUGGCAUUCUCACAAUCACUGCCCCAAAAAAGGCUGAAUUUCAGCAAAAGACCAAGAUCAUCCCCAUUGAGGUUGAAGAGGAAGCACAAGGAGCAGAGCCUCUCCCGGCGUCCGUCUCGAUGCCAAACGUCCCUCUGGCCAGCACGACCUCGUCCUCGAAAUCCUUCGUUAGUCAGGGCGUUGUUGAAGAUAGCGAGACUCUUCGAAGACAAGAGGGUGUUAAGAUUCCGAUAAAUGAAGAAUCCGAGACAAGUUUCGAAGAAGGCCAAAUGAUGCGUCAGAACGUCACUCAGGUCCCUUCGGGCGCCGUAUCGGAAUCUCGAAAGGUUGUCAUUAGCGGCUCUGAUAUCGGCGAAGCGAGCGAGGAAGCUUCCGUCUCCAGGAAGAGUCACCUCUCCUUCGAGUCGCAAUCCACGAGGGACAAGGCAGGGGAGAUCUGCACGUCAGGGAACCGCCUUCCGAUCGUCAGAAGGGGACUCUUCUUUGACGAUUCCUUCUUCCAAGACACCAGGAAGGAUUUCCAGAAAGCGAUAAAAGAAGUGCUCAUGAGAUCGGGAGAGGAGUCUUCAGCCGUCGACGAAAUGGCCUGUUACAGGAGCCUCCGAUCUCGUCACUUAGGAGAUGAUACUCAGGCUGUCACGUCUUCAGAGGAUGAACGUUAUCAUAAGUUCAUUCUCGACGUUCAAGAUUUUGUUGACGGAGAGGUCAAUGUUGAGGCUGUGAGCGAUAGAGAGCUGGUGGUGGAAGGCCGCGUCGAGAGGGAGGAAGGGGGAGCAAAGUCGACCAAGCGCUUCCAGCGACGCUUCCUCGUCCCAGGACACUUCAACCUUGAGGGCGUCGAUUCUUCCAUGUCCUCUGAUGGUGUGCUGACAAUCACGGUUCCUAAAAUGGAAAUAGGUGGCAGCUUGGCUCACGAAUCCCACGUGUCUGCCUUAUCAAAAUCUUCACUUGAAUCUAUAGGUCAAGAUCCCACUACCGUCUUAACAACUAUGAGAAAUAUAAAGGAACAAAUCAUCCCACUCAAUGUAGAAGACAGUGAACGUGAAAACGUCGCUCACUUCGGCAGCUCCUCUGUGCAGGUCUCCGACGAAGCACAUAGAGCAGGUUAUACGGCUUCCUCUGAGGAUGGAGAUAUGUUUAUCGCAGUCGUCAAGCAGCCUGACUACCACUAUAAGGUCGUUGCCCAAGAGGGGGAGGGCGAGGAAGCGCUUGGCAACGGACACCUGGACAUCCAAGCAACGCAACAGCAGAGAACCGACCUUGGAAGGGAGUCAAAGACCGUUGGCAUUACUUCCGGAAGCGGUUAUUUGCCUAUAUCCAGGAAGGGUCCAUUUGACAGUGAUUAUUUCUUCGAGAAUGUUCGCGAGAACUACAGCCAGGCUGUGAGAGAAGUGUUGGAAAAGGCCAAGGAAUGGUCAUGUCGAAGUGACGCCAUGCAGAACUACAGAAGUCUCCGUCAGCGCAACCUCAGAUUAGAUAAUCAGGCGGUUAAUAUCUCAGAGGAUCAGCAUUCGCACAAGGUUGUGAUGGACGUCCACGACUUCACCGGCGGGGACGUGACAGUGCAGCUGGUGGGCGGGAACGAGCUCCUGGUGGAGGGGCAGGCGGAGAGGCAGGAAGACAACAAGGUCUCCAGGCUGAGCUUCGUCCGCUGCUUCCCUCUGCCCGACCACGUGGACCGCGACGCCAUCACCACCGCCCUCUCCUCUGACGGCAUCCUCACCAUCAUCACGAGGAAGAAAUGAAAUCCUCCGUGGAUGCUCGAGACAGAUAUUUUGAGUCAGAGUUUUUUUCUAGCCUCGAGGGGAGAGUUUUUACAAGCGCUGCUCCUCUCCGGCCGAAGCUGAACCUUGUCUGGAUGUCGGAAACUUUGCGUCUGAAUGAUACACAUCUGAAUGUCAUUCCGGUAAAAUAAAAUUUAGUGUUACA